AUGACAGUAUUACUGCAAGCUAACAGUAUCAUUUCCCAAGGUAGGCUGCACACUGAGCCGGCACUGACCUCAUCUUUGCGAUUCGGUGGGAGGGACUCCACUCACAACAUCACGGUGGCAUAUUGGCGACAGGUUGGACUCAGCUACCUCGGGUGCUCCCAGAUCUGUGCAAAAGCAGUGAGAGAUGCACUGAAGACAGAAUUCAAAGCAAAUGCCGAGAAGACUUCUGGCAGCAGCAUAACAGUUGUAAAAGUCAAAAAGGAAUAA